AUGAAGGUGGGAAUUAUAAUGGGUUCUGUCAGAGCGAAGAGAGUAUGUCCUGAAAUUGUAGAAUACGUAAAACGUACAAUCGAAAAUAACGAAAAAUUGGUAGAUGAGAAGGUAAAAAUACAAAUACUAGAUUUACAACAGAUCGCUCUUCCUUUAUAUGAAGACGAUGACGAACCGAUACCGGCGCAAAUAAAGAGUGUGGACGAGUAUGCAGACAGCAAAACUCGAUCAUGGAGUCGCAUUGUAAAUGCAUUGGACAUUGUUAUAUUUGUUACACCUCAAUACAAUUGGGGCUAUCCAGCAGCUUUGAAAAAUGCAAUCGAUCGCCUUUAUCACGAAUGGCACGGAAAAUAUGCUCUGGUGGUAAGCUACGGCGGUCAUGGCGGUGCUAAGUGUAAUUACCAACUUCAAGAGAUACUACAUGGUUUAAAGAUGAAUGUUGUAGGUGGAGUGACAGUAAAAAUACCAGUAGGUAUAAUGCCAUUACCCGAGGACAUAGUCUCACAGUUCAGCGUGCACAAUGAGGAGAUUCUGCAAUUACUCGCCUCUUGCAUUGAUGCAACGGAGAAUAAGCCAUGA